UUUCCCACUUGAACACACUCUUCUUCAUCUCUUCUCCCUAAACGAAAACUCUCCUUUCGAUUUUUGAUGCCGUGAAGAUGUUUCGUCCUCCAGCGGCUUCUUCACAACAGUUACCCAAUUCAUCUCUCGCGAAUUCCGCCAAUGGGCUUCAAAAUCCCAUUCAAAUUCAACCCCAAAACCAGGCUCCCUUCUGCAAUCCCAACGCUCACUUGAACAAUCUCCAUGGAAAUCCUGUUCCAAACAUGCCGCCCCCCAUGUUUCAACCAGGAUUGAUGAUGAAUUUGCAAAACCCUCUCAUGGCGUUGCCUAAUAAUCCUCUUGGUGCUUCCCCGUUUGCUCCCGGACAUAUGGGAUUUGCAAAUUCUGCUGCUAAUUUUCCGGUUCAGGGGCAGUUCAAUAUGUUGCCGAAUGUGAAUCAGAUGAAUAUGAACUCGUGUUUGCCUCUAGCGCAGUUUUUUGGGCAGAACAUGCCCAAUUUGGUUCAGCAAUUGACUCAGAAUAUGGGUUUAACUAAUGGGCAGUUCUGUUUGCCGUUUCAAAAUAUGAAUCAACAUGUAAUUCCUGGACAGAUGUUGAAUAUGUCGUCGCAAGUUCCUUCUCAUGCUUCAUAUGGUGCUCCAAAUCAACAAGCUGUUCCAAUGCCUUUUCAGAAUCCUGCCCUCUCUACAAUUCAGCCUUUUGGUGUCAAUCAGGCAAUGCACCCUGUUAACCAAAAUCCCCAAAACUUCAUUCCACAGGCAAUGGGUGGUGCUGGAUCAAAUCAAUUGCCGGGUUCGGCUCCACCGUUGCAAGGGAACUCGACCAUGCCGUUUAACUCUCCGACGCAACCACAACAAGCCAGGAACCUGCAGUCACCUGCUUUCGUUGGUUCACAGGGGAAUUCUUCAAUAAGUGAUGGUGGAAAUGGAUCAAAUUCCUUUUCAAAUAAUUUAGCUCACAGGAAUUUCACGAGGAACUCAAACAAAGGAUUUCAGAAGCAUCAAGCUCAUCAUAUGAAAAAUGAAAAGAAAAAGUUUGGGGUUCCUGGCGGACCGAAAGGAAAAGGUUUUCACAAUGAGAGGAGGAACAAAUUUGGUGAUGCUAACUCCACAGAACAUGUGAAAGACCAGAAAAGAUCUCUUUCUUUGGUCUAUACGGAUCAAGAAAUCCUGCAAUGGCGUGAAGCACGCCGGAAGAAUUUCCCAUCAUCAACCAACAUACAGAAGAAACUCACCGAAAAGCAAACCGACUGCACAUUGGUUGAUAAGGAGGCUCAGCUUUUGCGACAAGAACUCAAAGAGAUUUUAGCAAAGCAGGCUGAAUUAGGAGUGGAAGUAGCAGAAAUACCACAAGAAUACCUUUCAUAUUCAGAAAAAUGUGACGAUAAUAAACGACACGGAGAUCUAUCGACAAUGGGAGAGGAAGCAGAAGGAGCCUCAACAGGGAAAGAAAAAGCUCGAAACAGGUUCAACAAGAGGCGAAGACCUGAGAAAAAGAACCGUUCGAGAAAGAAAGAAAAACCCGAUAAGCAUUUAUCAAACAAGUCGCCAUUAAAGAAGAGAGAGCCAACAUUAUACCAGAAGCUGUUGAGAGCAGAUGUUAAGAGAGACAAGAGCCAUAUGUUACAAGCUUUGAGAUUCAUGGUGAUGAAUUCUUUCUUCAAUGAAUGGCCCAAUAAACCCUUGAACUUUCCUUCAGUCAUUGUCAAAGAGAGUGGAAGUGAGAUCAAGGUGGUUGAUGAGAAGUCUCUAUCUACUGGGAGCUUCAAUCUCCAAGAGACCAACAGUUCAAUGGUUGAAAACACUGGUAGUCGUGGCAUUGCCAGCGAUAACGAAAGCGACGAUGACAAUAGCGAUAACAAUGAGAAGUUCAGAGGAGAUGGAAUACCGAUACUCGAAGAGGAAGAAGGUGAAAUUAUCGAUUAAUGUCGGGCCUCUAUUUUGCUCUCUGGUUUCAUGGGAGUACUAUGAAAAGAAUUCUUGUUUUGGUGCAGGCUUUGAAGAUAAGAUAAAAGCUUGUAUCUAUUAAAUCAAUGAAAACCUUCUCUUUUCUUGGGGAUGCUCAAUGGAAAGAAGUACCCCAAAAGUGU